UCUCCGGGAUAUUAACACACCGCAGUGGCCCCUUUAAACUCACUGUACACUUUGUACUCUCAUGCUACUCGCCUCCAUACGGACUUUCUCUUGAUUUACAAGUUUUUUGUUGGGAAUACUUGACGUCGAUACACGGGAGUCGGAAUUGAUGCCGGUUUUCGGGAAAUAGUGCGCGACUUAACGGUCGUGACACGACUUUCUCCGUCGGGCACUGUGUGCGGCGGAGUUGGCGCAGAGCUUGGACCGGGCUGCCCGCACGGUCCGCGGCGCCGUUUCUGAGCCCGUCGCUAUUCUCGCUCCUGGUGACUUUUCCGAGCAAGCCGAACGGGACCCGUUUACGCCGGCGUCGCUCAGCUCGAAUAUGCUGCUGUCAAAGUUUGGUUCAUUUUCGCACAUUUGCACUCCCUCGAGUAUGGACCACCUACCAGUGAAGAUCCAGCUCCCGCCCGUCAAAGUGGAGAAGGAGCCUUUCGAGAAGGUGUACCAAGUGGGCUCGGUGCUCGGCAGCGGAGGGUUCGGGACGGUGUACGCCGGCAGCCGGAUCUCUGACGGCGCACCGGUCGCUGUGAAACACGUCGCGAAGGAGCGAGUGACAGAGUGGGGCACAAUUAACGGAGCGAUGGUGCCGUUGGAAAUCCUGCUGCUGAAGAAGGUCAGCUCGGCUUUUCGAGGAGUUAUAAAGCUGCUGGACUAUUACGAGCGAGCCGACGGCUGGCUCAUCGUCAUGGAGAGGCCGGAGCUCGUGAAGGACCUGUUCGACUUCAUCACCGAGAAGGGAGCCCUGGACGAGGACACGGCGCGGGGCUUUUUCUGCCAGGUUCUGGAGGCGGUCAGGCACUGCUACAGCUGCGGAGUAGUACACAGAGACAUCAAAGACGAGAACCUGCUGGUGGACCUGCGCACCGGGGAGCUCAAGCUCAUUGAUUUUGGCUCAGGGGCGAUUCUCAAGGACACGGUCUACACUGAUUUCGACGGUACAAGAGUCUACAGCCCGCCAGAGUGGAUCCGCUUCCACAGAUACCACGGCAGGUCGGCAACUGUGUGGUCGCUAGGCGUGCUGCUCUACGACAUGGUAUGCGGAGACAUCCCCUUCGAGCAAGACGAUGAAAUCCUCAAGGGGAGGCUUUACUUCAGGAGAAGGAUCUCAGCUGAAUGCCAGCAGCUGAUCAAAUGGUGCCUGGCCCUGCGGCCCUCCGACCGGCCCACUCUGGAGCAGAUCUGCGACCACCCCUGGAUGAGGAACGCGGAGGAGUCCCCCAAGUCGCCAGAGGAGCCCGCGGCGGGAGAAAUCCGCCUCAGAACCAUCGACACGGACUCUUCGUCAAGCACAAGCUCAAGCAAGGAGAGCCUCUGAGCGCGGUUCCGAUGGGACUCAGUGGACUUUGUGAAGAAAUAGAAGGGGGGGAUGGUGGGAGGAUGAAAAGAGGGGACAGACACGGACUUCUGCCCACCCAGAACUGUCAGCGGCCAUGUGCUUCACUCAUUUGGCCCAGAGAGAAACAACAGGAAAUAAGAGUACAUUCAUUUUUUUUCCUCUUUUGUAGGGAAUUUCUUAUUUAUUUUUGUUGGUUACACUUUAUCUUAUUCGUCCCCAUCUCCUCUCCCCCUUUUUUUUUAUUUUCCAAUUCAGUUCAUUAUACUUGUUUCCAAAUGGGGAACAUUUUGCUGUUUGGGUGGUCUUACCAGCACUAUUUAUUUCCCCUCCCUUUCUUUAUAUUACUAGGCAGAUAUAUGCAUAUAUAUGUAUAUACAUAUAUAUGCAUAUAUAGAGCUGGCAAGGCCCUCCUAUUCAGACUGCUCUCAUAGAGCUUGGAGAAGAGUUUUUAUUUAAAUGUUUUAAUUUUGAUUUUGGAGUGCCUUUUUUUGGAAAGCUGCUUUUCUUGGGGGACUUUUUUUUUGUCAACAACCAACAGUGAGGGUAUGGGGGGGUUGCAGCCUGUGGUGUGGUGGUUAGAUUGUCUGUGCUGUGAUGGAAGAAGCUUCAAGAAGUAGAUUUUUUUUUCUUUUAAUUAUUAUUAUUUUAUGUGACGUUUUUGUCCCCCCUCUCCCCACUUCUCUUCAUCACUGUAGGGCAACGCCUCCUCAUUCCAGAGGCGGAGGUGGAGUUCAAGUGUUUGGUAGAUUGGGUGGGGGUUCUUGAGGGGUUGGAGAAGGGGGUGGGGGUAUUUUGUUGUACAGUGUAAUCUUUUAAAAGACUUUGGACGCCAACUGUCCUGCUGCAUUAAAACAAUCUUGCUUUAUGUUCUUCUACACUGAACAUAAACUUACAACAAAAUACUUGAAAGCACCUCUUGUCGAUCUCUGUAAACGCUGCUUAUUCACGCUGUAGCCUGAACAGGUGUUUUGUAAACCGAAUCCUGUCUUUUUCGGAAUGUCUACAAAAUAUCAACAUACACCUUUCCUUCUCUCCCCUCCCGACCCCCCACCUUUUGCGCCACCAUUUCCCUCCCCCAUGCCUGUUGCGGGGCGAAGAUGGGGAGGGGUGUGUGGUACUUCUUUUUGCCUCCCACCAUCUCACUGCUUGACUCCACGUGCCCACCUUCCCCCCACCUCUCCACUGGCCUCCCUAAGGGUUUGGGGGUUUAGAUGCACAAUCAAUGCAAUAUUCAUGGGUUCAAUUGUUUUUUUGUUUUUUUUUCUACAAAUAUUGUACAGCAUGUUUUUAUUUUUAUUUUCCCUUCCUCCUUUUUUAUGUAUGCGUGUACAAUUUUUUUUUUCUCUCCAUUUGCAUUCAAUUUAUUCAUAAACGUAGACAUUCCACACUCAGUGGCUAUUUAUUUAUUUAUUUAUUGUCUAUGCUUAAAAACCCUCCCUGCUCCUCCACAAACACACAAAGAUUUGCAUAACCCACUUGGCCUUUGGUUUGCAUUCCUAUAACCUAUUUUUACAUUUCAACUUUUUUUUAAAUUUUUUUUUUUUCUGAGAUGUUGAGGAUGCACUGAAGCAGUUGUCAAUGUAAAGCAGAAUAAAAAGACGUUUACUUUAAGCAGAGCAUUUGAAUGUUAUUUAAUUUACUUUAAAGGAAUAAAAGUCUGUUGGUAAUGUUAAAUGACUACGUAUCAGAGUAAUAAAUCUGGUUUGUGUACUGUCCAGGUUAAUUUAAGUUCUAUGGCAAACUAAACAAUAGGCAGAGCAUUUUUUUAAUUAUUAUUAUUGUUUUGUCACAUAGCCUACAAAUGAGACAUUUCACUUUAGCUGUGUGACCUGUGUGAAGGAUGGAUAUUGCUAUUUUUUGAUACAGAAGUUUCAAUUAAACACCCAUUUUUAUGUACAGAAAUCA